AUGAAAUCUCCAACCUCCAAACAACUCACCGGCAGCAACCAGUCAGCAAGACCACAUCUCAAUGAGCCCUCCUCAUAUAAAGAUACCCCGCCACAGAGUCCCAUCAUAUCAGGCAUUCCAUCUCGCGACUCCGACGCCCACAUUCUGAACAUGCCACGAGAAAUCACUCACAAGAUCUUUUCAUACCUGCUCACCAACCCCAUUCUCGGAACCGGUACCGCCAUCACCACGAUCGCAGAUCCUGUCAAGAAUGGGAAACGAGUGGUCAACGUACCCAAAUACGAAUUGCAUCCCGCGAUUCUCCGUGUUUGCAAGCAGAUGUAUCACGAUGGCGUCUACAUAUUGUACCAGCACAAUGAAUUUAUCAUGGAUUGCACUAAUUGGAUGUAUCGGGAUGAUUCCAAUGAGGAGCUGAGUGGAAUCUAUGAGUAUGCGAGUAGUUAUGACCACGAUUACUUUCCCAUCACGUCUGCUCUGAAUGUAUCACCAUUGACUCGAUAUGCUGAGCAUUCUAAUGUGGCUCCCACUGAGCAGGAUUGGGAAUACCAGGGAAAUGAGUUCUUUUACCAACAGCCAGCUUUUAAUCGUCUCGUAGGUCCUCAAGCUCGGUAUGUUCGGAAGUGGAAAGUGAUCGUACGUGGAGAUGAGGGGCAUUAUACACACAGAUUCGAUGAAGCUGCGUUGACACAGUUCUGUCAUGCCAUUUGUCAAUGCCCAGACCUUUCGUUGUCUUUCAUUGUUUGCAUAGAUAAGACAUCGGAACAGACCCAAAAGGCAACUCGUGCGGAUUUUGCUAGACAUUUGAGUUUUGAAGAAGUAUUCGCUCCUCUCAAGCUACUGAGAAACGUGCAAAGCGUGAAAUUCAAGGAAGCACAUUCCAAUAUUGAUGAGGAAAAAGAUGGAGAGGAGUAUCCCGAGUCGCUCCCUGUCUACCUUGACGAGAUUCAUCAAAUGGUUGACGAAUCUGCAGCGACUCUUAUAUCGGGAGAAGAGAAGGACAAGUACCUUGAUUUAAUGAAGGGGUCUUCGCCAUUAGCCGAUCCCAUCAACUUAAUGUGCGACGAGCUUGUGGCAUAUACUCAAACCUUUGAGAGUGUGCCCGAGCUCAGACAGGACACUGAUGUAGGCAGUCUAGAUACUGCCAAUCAACACAAAAAGUCAUACAAUACGCUUGAGGGUACUCUCCGGCAAGCACGAGUAGCAGUCUUGGUUGGAAACCAUAAAGCUUUCAGAGCCUUACGCAUGGAACUGCUGUUAGAUAUUGAAAACGAUCAGUUUCAGAGAAUCAAGCAUUGUUUCUCCAAAUUGAACCAAUUCACUUUGCAGGAUAGGGUCUUUCGUGGAAUGCUAUGCCAAGGAGAGUUCCAUGACCGCAUAUAUGAGGAUCAGGGGUUUAUGUUGGAUCUCAACAAGAACUCGGCCGAGACACGUAACUGGAGAGAGAAGAUCACCAAAGCUCUCUCUUUGCUGGAAGAGUAUGCUGAAUCUUUCGAUAUAGAUUUGAACAAGAAUUCUAUAUACCGCCUGGGAUAUCGUCUUCGAAACCCUGGAGCCUAUGAAAAGGAUCCUGCAAGAGAGAAGUUGUUGCGAAGAAUCAGAAAAGCACACAAGUUUCGAGAUUACGGCUUUUUUAUGCACUGCUUCCAGAAGGCUGUCAACCAGUUGAAUGAUCAAUACAUCGAAAUCCUCAAGGCUAAACAAAAUCUCUUCCGAUGGGACACAAGACCUGCUCCAAGAGGAAUUGACAUCCCUGCUGGGGAUCUGAAGUAUAUUGUUGAUCCUGACGUCGAGCCGGUGGCAUGGACUAUUCGCGAUUUCGACUAUAGUUACAAGCCAGGGAAACGAGCACGAGAGACUACGAAGCAAACGCCGUCACCUGCAAAGAAACAGCGUCGUUCAAGAUAG